CGUCACCCGCUUACAUACGUCGCUCGCUUACCGAUCACGUUAAGCACGAUAAGAAUGGGCUCCUUCCUUCCCUGCCAACCAACCAAAUCGUUUUUAUGCAAUGGAUCAAAGUGAGAAACGAAAGUUUGAGCAACCGACACCAUAUCCCGAACAUGGUGAUGACAAUACUGACAAACGACGGAGGGUUGUCGGACCAACAUUGCCUUUAUCAAAUCCGGCAGACGAUCGCACACUAGACUCAGAGGGUGAAAAUGAAAGCAGUGACGAUGAUGACAUCGGUCCGAGUUUACCUCCUUCAGGUCCUAUGAAGACCCGACUAGUUGAUGCCAGAAUACAAGGGGAUACUUUAAAUGGCCCGUCGACUGAGCAAGGCUAUGCUGGCAAGGAUCGAAGUUAUCGAGAUGAGUGGAUGUUACAGCCUCCAGGGUCAACAGGGAGGACUGCAAGAGUGGAUCCAACCAGACUGAGGAAUCGAAAGUUUCAAAGUGGAAGAUCAGCACCAAAUUCCCAGUCAGGGGAGAUAGAUUCAUCUUGGACAGAAACGCCAGAGCAAAAAAUGAAACGUUUACAAGAUAAAGUCAUGGGUGUUAGCACAUUUGGUGCAAACAAAGAUCAAGUAACUCGACCUGCCAGAGCAUCACAAGCCAUGCAGGACAGAAUCCAAAAGUAUAAUGAUGCUAAGCGGAAAGAAAAUGUAUCACAACCUCUUGAGGAAUGUAAAAAGGGCGAUGGGGAGGAUCCUAGUAGUCGCCCCUUUGAUAGGGAGAAGGACAUGGCUAUCUCCUCUAAUAUAACCAACUCCCAGCGUCGAGAGAUGAUUAAUAAGGCCGGCGACUUUGGUUCUCGGUUCAGUAAGGGAAAUUACCUAUAACAAUCGAAUUCUGUAUAUAACAACAUGUGCCGGUAACCAUACCCUGGUAUCUCCCAGACGUUCUUGGCUCGAUUGACUGGUAUUUCUAGAUUGGUUGGUUUGGUUGGUACUGAUCCAGAAUUGUCCAUGAACCCGUGUCCAGAUAACGUUAUUAUACCCAAUGCUCAGAGGAAGACCGGGCGCCGGCUGGCUGUUACGCCCAGGUAGGCCUAGGAAUGGACCGGUCCCUGUGGC